GCACGUGCAUAGCGAAGGUUCGGUUUUCAUAUGGAAUUUAUCCUACGUAGAACGUAAUUUUAACCAUGGAAUUGUUCGCAGUAAAUAGAUAUGACGGAAAUAAACUCAGUAAAGCGGACGAGCUUGAGCAGGAAGAGUUGAUUCUGCAACGGCUUCAAUCGCUUAAACACAAGGUCGAACGCCAAAAGAAACCAAACACUCCGGAAAAAGAUAUCUUGGACGAAGAACAGGAGAAAGAAUCAGACACUGUUGAGGACACAGGCCUAAACCAAGGGGAUGGACCGGAAAGCGACAAAGAAAGUCCCAUUCUGGAAGAAAAUUUAACUGAUGUUGCUGAUAUAGAUAAUGAUUCUGCUAAACAGGAUAAACCAGCAGAUUUUGUGGUGCUCGGUGACGAUCACUUCAGGAAGCUUAAAAAAGUCGAUGAAGUGCUUCCUCCAUGGCUAUCACAUCCAAGCAUAAUUGAUAGUGAUCUUAGCAAAAAGGGGAAGUCCAUCAAGAAACUGUCCUACCUUGAAGAACAGCUCAAGGCGAAUUUAAAAGAAAUGGGCUAUAAGCGGCUUUUUCCAGUGCAAGACAUGGUUAUUCCCUGGAUAUUGGAAGCUCAUCGGAAGCCGGCUCCUUUUUGGCCUCGAGACGUUUGUAUAUCUUCUCCGACAGGAAGUGGUAAAACGCUGGCAUUUGCUAUUCCGAUUGUCCAACUACUGUUAAAGAGAAUUUCUCCUGCUAUUCGAGCGUUGGUAAUUUUGCCAGUGAAGGAACUUGCGGAACAGGUCUUUGGGGUUUUCGACAAGCUUUGCAAAGGUACGAAGAUUCGUCCGUUAUUGCUGUCACGCAAACAGGUGUUUAGUGUGGAACAAGCAAAGUUGGUAGAUCAAUUCAACGGCGAAUAUAUUCCAAAAGUGGACAUCGUUGUCACAACAGCAGGUCGGUUGGUAGAACACUUGCAUUCAACGAAAGGAUUCACGCUAAAACAUCUUCGUUUUUUGAUUAUUGAUGAAGCCGAUCGCGUAAUGGAUCAAAUUCAGAAUGAUUGGUUGUAUCACCUCAAUAAGCAUGUGAAGGAAGAAUCGGAUGAGUAUUUGCUAGGAAGGGCAGCGGGGCAACUGUCACAGACGGAGCUCUUCGAUAAACCUCGACAACCGCACAAGUUACUGUUUUCCGCCACUCUGAGUCAAGAUCCGGAAAAGCUUCAAACGUUUAAAUUGUUCCACCCGAAGCUAUUUACUGCUGUGUCGAAUCCAGCGAAACGCAUGGCAGCAUUAACGAAACUGCAUGUCAAUGCUGAGGAAAAACGUGGCAAAUUCGUUGGACAAUAUACAACUCCUUUGGAGUUGCGCGAAUUGAUAUGUAUGACUCAGUACAAGAUCAAACCCUUGACUUUGUUUGCUUUGGUAAAGGAAAACAAUUACAAACGAUUCCUGUGCUUUACCAAUUCAAUCGAUGCAUCGCAUAGGCUCUCGUUUGUGCUGCAGAAAAUGUUUGGGAACGAAUUGAUUAUCGAGGAAUGGUCAUCUUCGUUAAACCCUACUGCUAGAAAAAGUGUGCUGAACCGAUUUGCGUUGGGAAAAGUUAAUGGCAUCAUUUGUACGGACGCACUUGCUCGAGGUAUCGAUAUAGACGACAUCGAUGUGGUAAUUUCUUACGACAUGCCCAGGCACAUUAACACUUACAUUCACCGGAUUGGUCGUACGGGUCGAGCUGGUAAUCGUGGCACUUCGAUUACGAUGUUGAUCGACGAAGAACGGAAAAAGUUCAAUUCGACCUUGACGGAAGCCGGAAAGGGCGGGCUUGAGAUUGUGGAAAUCAAAUCUAAUGCCGAGGAAGAGUAUGCUAUGCUGUAUUCGAGUGCCUUGAAUGAUCUACGCGAAGCGCUCGAUUUGGAGAAACAGACUAUCAACAAAAUACGCAACGGAAUGUCGAUCGCCAAUUUGACCAAAGUAAAUCUGCUGAGCAAGCUGAAAGAUCGUAUCGAUAUCGAAACCACCAAUACAACCGAGACAAUUAAAUCAUUGGUGCAUCUACCGAAAGCCUGGACAAACGAAGCUAUCGAAAAACGUGCCAACGAAUCGAGCGAGAGGAAACGAAAGCAAAAACAACAGGUUGAAAAUUCGGGAGGCAGUACCGAGAAAGGAGGAAAUGAUUCUGCUAACGGUGUUUUGGCUAAAAAACGGAAGUUUUUUGGGAAAAAUAACAUUACCGGAAAAGGCCGGAAAAUACCGAAGAAGGUUGAACAAGCUAAUAGCAAGUAAACAUUAAUAAUUCAA